AUGAGGAAUACAGCUUUUAGUCUGUGGAAGAACAAAGGCCUUAAGGAGGUUUUGGCGAAUGGAGAGGGCUUCAUUUUCUUCAUAUUUGAAAGCCCCAACUGUUGCAGUGAGGUCCUUGAGGGGGGACCAUGGUAUAUAGGAGGAUUCCACCUUAUUCUCAAAAAAUGGACUAGGAUGAUGAGACUGACAAAGGAUAAAAUACAGAAAGUCCCUGUGUGGGUUAAAUUCUUCAAUAUUCCGUUGGAAUACUGGGAUAGUGAUGGGCUGAGUAGAAUAGCUAGUGCAGUUGGAACCCCUCUCUUCACUGAUCAUCUUACAGUGAAAGGAACUAGAGUAGCCUUUGCCCGUAUCUGUGUGGAAGUGGAUGCAAGUGCCAAACAACCUCCAUCAUUUCCAGUUAAAUGUGGAGAAGAGCAAGUGAUAAUUCAGGUGGAGUAUCAGGGUCUCCCUACAAAAUGUGAACACUGUUUGGUUUUUGGGCAUGACACUACUAAGUGUGUUACGACCCAAGUGGCUAAACUAGUGAACCUCCAUAAAGAAACAGAGAACAACCCAGAUCCAGGGUGGAGCACUGUUCUGGCCAAGGGUAAAAGGAAAGUGGGUAAUCAAGAUCCAAUUGAGGAAGAUAUGGAAGGCAAGUUGGCUAGUAGUUCUGAAGAAGAGGCAGCAAAUCCUUCCCAGAAUAUCUGUCAUGAUCUGUCUGAAAAUAGUUCACCCACUGAUAUGGUUAUUGUUACAAGCUCGGAGAAGCAGGCUACAACCCUUGAUAAAAAUACCACUACACCUGCAGAUGCUACAAACACUGAGGAUGGACUAGCAAAGAUCAAACAGCACCUGCUGGAUAUUACCAAGCUAGUCCUCCCAGGGGAAACGAAACUUCUGGAGAAAGUGGAGAAUCUGAAAACUGAUGUGAACAGUCCACGAGCCACUCCUGAUGCAUAUCAUGCAAGUUCUACCACCAGCAAAUCUUCUGGCAAGGGUAAAAGCCAGAAGAAGAAAAAAAGAAUUUGUGUGCUUUGGGACCCAACUUUUUGUGAUGUCACUUUGGUCAACUUGUCUGACCAGCAUAUGCUCUGUGAAAUAAAUGAUCUAUCUCAAGCCAAGAUUUUCAAAACCUGUUUUGUCUAUGCCGAGAAUUGUAGUAUUUUGCGGAAAAAGUUUCUUGACCAAAUGCUCAGUCUUUCCAACCUUUAUUCUGAUGCCCCCCUAACCUUUCUUGGGGAUUUCAAUGCCAUCAGAUACAGUUAUGAAAAGUUUGGGGGAUCUCUCCUGUGGAACAGUGAGAAAGAGGUUUUUAAUUCUUACAUUCUCAAUGCUGAGCUUGUUGAUCUAUCAUAUGGUGGUUGUCAAUUCACUUGGGCGAAUAAGAGGACUAGGGGGGAUUACAUUGCCACUAAGAUUGAUAGAGUUUUGGUCAAUGAGUCUUGGAUUGACCAAUUCCCUGUCUCUAAUGCUAUGUUUCUCCCUUCUAGUAUCUCCGACCACUCUCCAGCUGUUAAACUCCGCAGCCUUAAACCUAUCCUUAAAUCUUUAAACAAGAAAGAGUUUAGUGACAUUUCUACUAGAGUUUUGGCCUCUAAAGCUGAGCUUGAUUCCAUCCAAUGGAAACUUGACAAAGAUCCUUGCAAUAGCUCUUUUCAGCUCCUUGAGAGGAACUUGUUUAAAAAAUAUGUGGAUCUUAGUGCUGUGGAGGAGAAAUUGGCUCAUCAAAAAUCUAGAGUCCAAUGGCUUGGUCUGGGUGAUAAGAAUAGCAGGUUCUUCUUUAGACCUAAAAAAGGUGCUUUUAUUGAUUAUUUUUCUAAACUCUUUGGCACUCCUUCACAGAACAAUCAUAGAGGCACUACGAGAGUUCAUGAUCUGAUUAAAGCUAGGGUCACUCACGACCAAGCUAUUAAGAUGGCCAGUCCUGUUUCUGAUAAGGAAAUCAAGGAUGUUUUUUGGUCCUUGAAAACCAAUAAGGUCCCUGGCCCUGAUGGUUAUUCAGCUGGUUUCUUUAAAAGCACUUGGAGUAUUGUUGGUAAAGAUAUAACCCAGGUCAUAAGAGCCUUCUUUGAAUCUGGGAAACUUCUGUCUGAAAUCAACAACACUACAAUUGUGCUCAUUCCGAAAGUUCCUAAUCCGGUAAAAGUUGGUGACUAUAGGCCAAUCUCCUGCUGUAAUACAAUUUACAAAUGUAUUGCUAAAAUAAUUGCUAACAGAAUUAAAGAGGUUCUUCCUAACCUCAUUGAUCCUGUUCAAUCUGCCUUCGUGCAAGGUAGGAGAAUUUCGGAUAAUAUUUUCUUAUCUCAGGAAAUCAUGAGAGGCUAUCAUAGGAACUCCCCUGUUCCUAAAUGUACCAUGAAAGUUGAUAUAAUGAAAGCCUAUGACACUGUCAAAUGGGAGUUUAUCAUUGACAUUCUUACUACUAUGGGCUUUCCUCAAACUAUGAUCACCUGGAUCAAAGCUUGCAUAACUAGUCCAUCCUUUUCCAUAUGUAUUAAUGGUAGCCUUCAUGGCUAUUUCAAAGGGGCUAGAGGACUAAGGCAAGGAGAUCCUCUGUCUCCUUAUCUGUUCGUCUUAGCUAUGGAGAUUUUGGCUAGAAUUAUGGAGGAAAAGUCUAAGAAUCCUCUAUUCAAAUUUCAUUGGAGAUGUGAGAAAACCAAAAUUGUUAACCUUUGCUUUGCUGAUGACCUUAUGAUUUUUAGUAAGGGUGAUACUAACACUGUUCGUUUGAUUAUGGAAGGAUUGAAUGAGUUUAGUGCUCUUUCUGGCCUCACCCCGAAUCCUAGCAAGAGUAAUAUCUAUUUCUCUGGCUGCUCUGAGGAGUUAAGGGCCAGUAUCCUUCAUAUUGCUACUUUCUCUGAGGGUAUGCUCCCCGUCAAAUACCUUGGAGUGCCUCUCAUUACCACUAAGUUGAAAGCCACUGACUGUAAACUUCUGGUUGAGAGGAUCACUAAGAGGAUUAGUAGCUGGACCAAUAAACUUUUAUCUUAUGCGGGUAGGGCCCAGCUCAUCCAAACCAUCUUAUUCUCUAUGCAAGUUUAUUGGUCAUCUCUAUUCAUCUUACCUAAGAAAGUUAUUAAGGAGAUUGAGAGCCUCCUUAGAGCUUUCCUAUGGUCUGGUACUGAUCUUAGAAAGCAUAGUGCGAAGAUUGCUUGGGAUAAAGUCUGUGUCCCUAAGAAAGAGGGUGGCCUGGGGUUCAAAUCUAUGGAGGUUUGGAACAAGGCUGCCAUUGCUAAACAUGUAUGGUUUUUGUUCUCUGGAGGGGAAAAGUCUAUGUGGUGCCAGUGGGUCAAAAUCUAUCUCAUAAAGGGUAAAUGCUUCUGGAGAAUUAAAACUCCUAAUGACCCUUCUUGGGUUUGGAGGAAAAUCCUUUCUCUCAGGCCAGCAAUUCACCCUCUUAUUAAACAUAGGAUUGGUGAUGGCCAGAACACCUUUUUGUGGUAUGACAAUUGGCACCACCUUGGCCCUAUCUGGGAAAGAUAUGGUGACAGAAUCAUGUAUGACUCUGGCUUAAAUGGGGAGUCCAAAGUCAGUAAAAUUAUUGUUGGGAGCUCUUGGCAUUGGCCUUUUCCCAACUCCUGGGAUCUCAGGGAAUUAACAUCCCAAAUUCCCAACAAUUGCCUUCCGUACUACUAUUUGGUCACUCAACCCUGA